UCAGGCAUGAAUCAGGUGAUAAUCCAGUGGGAUGUGGUAGUAGCCCUCUAUGUAUUCUUCAACUGGUGUCAUGGAGGACUCACAAAUAUAAACUGCUCUGGCCGCAUCUGGGUCGAACCAGCCACAAUUUUUAAGAUGGGUAUGAAUAUCUCUAUCUAUUGCCAAGCAACGCUAAGGAACUGCCAACCCAAAGAUUUUCAUUUUUAUAAAAAUGUCUGCGGAAAAAAAGGCUUCAGAAAAAUAAUUCCUAUCACAAAAAUCAAUAAAACAACAGCUCUGCUUCGGUAUAGCAAUUUUCGAGAACCAUGUGCCUCGAUUUUCUGCAACGUGAACUGUCCUGGAUAUUCACAAGAGACACUGAUUUGUGGAGAAACCAUUUUUUCUGGAUAUCCACCGGAUGUCCCGGACAAGGUAACCUGUGUCAUUUAUGAGCACACAGACAACCUGACUUGCACCUGGAGCCCCGGGAAGCCCACCUACUUGGACACCAAGUAUGUGGUGCACGUGAAGAGCUUAGAAACAGAAGAAGAGCAGCAGUAUCACGAGUAUCACAAGUAUCACACCUCAAGUUAUAUUAACAUCUCCACUGACUCAUUACAAGGUGGCAAGGAGUAUUUGGUUUGGGUCCAAGCUACCAAUGUCCUGGGCAUGGAGGAGUCAGAAAAACUGCAAAUUCACCUGGAUGAUAUAGUGAUACCUUCUGCAACCAUCAUUUUUAGGGCAGAGGAUUUAAAUACGACAGUGCCCAAGACAGUGAUUCAUUGGACUAGUCAAUCAACAAUUGAAAAGAUUUCUUGUGAAAUGAGAUACAACUCGACAAGGAACCACUCCUGGACGGUUAAAGAAUUUGACGCCAAUUUUUCAUCCGUGCAACAGUCAGAAUUCUUCUUGGAGCCCAACAUGAAGUAUGUGUUUCAAGUGAGAUGUCAAGAAACGGGUAAAAAGUACUGGCAGGCCUGGAGUUCUCCCUUUUCCCAUCAAACUCCUGAGAGAGGUCCUGAGGUCACUCUGAACUCAUUCCUCCACGGGCUACAGAGUCCCAAGCUUCUCAUUACUUCCAUCUCUAAAAGGUGGCUGGCCAUCUACAAGCAACAGGAUCUUGGACUUUUACCAGGAAUGAUCCUCUUUGCUGUUGGGUUAUCCAUUCUGUCUCUGAUUGGGAUAUUAAACAGGCCUCUCCGAACAGGAAUUAAAAGAAAACUCUUGUGGUUAACACCGAAGUGGUUUCAUGAAGAUAUUCCUAAUUUGGAAAAUAGCAAUGUUGUGAAGACAAUACAGGAAAAAAGCAAAUUUCUGGAUAGUAGUUCCUGCGAACAGGUCCUGUAUGUUGACCCUGUGGUUACAGAGAUAGAAUUUGUUCUUCCAGAGGAGCAUAAGCCUGUGGACUACACAGAGGAAAAUAACGUAGGAUCCCUGGAGACCAGAGACUGUCUACACCAGUCACUACUCACCAGUACUACGGUUGUGUACAUUCCUGACAUCAACACGGGAUACAAACCCCAGAUUUCAAAUUUCCUCACAGGGGGAAACCAUCUCAGCAAUAAUGACAAAAUAACUUCUCCAACGCUGACGUCACAGGUUGAUCCCCUAGAUUGGGGAAAGAACAUUGGGUUUCAACAGUAUCCUGAUUUUGCUUUUUCUGACUCAAGAAGAAAUUCCCUAAGAAGCUCACUGUUUCUUGAAGAGUUGAGCCUUAUUUUAAACCCAGGAGGAUGCAAUUCUUUGGACAGGCAAGACUCACAAGGUUUGGAGACCACCCAGCUUUCAGAAAAUGCUUCACCCGAUGAAUCAAUUCUAGAACAGACCCUACUGCCUGAUGAGUUUGUCUCCUGCUUGGGGGUCGUGAAUGAGAACUUGCCUUCUAUUCAUUCUUAUUUUCCACAAAAUAUUUUGGAAAAUCACUUCAACAGGAUUUCACACUUGAAGAAGUAG